CUAAACUCGAAGAAGAAAGGAGGCGGAAGUGUUGGGAAGAGGAAGUAGUUUUGGACAUCAGAAAGUGUUUGGAGUCGCUUUGCCCAUAUUUUAUUUUCUUCCCGAACAUAUUAAUUUGUUUCAUCUGGGAUGUCUAAGAACACCGUUUCUGACCGCUUCAGGAAAGUAGAUGUAGAUGAAUAUGACGAAAACAAGUUUGUGGAUGAGGAGGACGGAGGUGAGAACCAGGGAGGUCCAGACGAAGCAGAAGUGGACUUCCUUCUUAGACAAGGGAACAUGACUGGAGCUCUCCAUGCUGUAUUGAAGAACCCCCCAAUAAAUACCAAGAACCAAAAUGCUAAGGACCGAGCGGAAUUGCUGGUGGUCAAAGUGCUAAGCAGUUUUAAGAGUAGUGACAUAGAAAAAGCUGUGGGCUCACUGGACAAAGCAGGAGUAGACUUGCUGAUGAAAUACAUCUACAGAGGUUUUGAGAAACCAUCUGACAACAGCAGCGCUGUCCUGCUGCAGUGGCAUGAAAAGGCUCUGGCAGUGGGCGGUGUUGGCUCCAUCGUCCGAGUCCUGACUGCAAGGAAGACUGUCUGAUGAUCCCAAAUGAUCUGCAGUCUCAGUCACCACAGUUGAUAUUCAGAACUGGUGUAUUUUAAAAGAAACUGGAGCUGUGUGUCUUUCUGAUGCGUAACUUUCUUUAUUCCUGUUUUCACCCACAACUUUGGGAUUCAGAAGUGCAGCCAGGAAGGUGCUGGCACCUGGAACUGCUUACAUCUGCAAGCUGUGCAGAAUUCCCCUUUUCUUCUUAAUGACAAUGCACCACCUUGCUCCGUUUGCAUCACUGCAACAUUCUAACCCGCCUCAGCUGUCCUUGUGCUUAAUCCUUUUACAUCGUUUCCCUGGUUUUUACCCACUGCAUCUGGGGACUGAACCUCAUUUUACAUCAGACAUUCUAACUUUGUAGACAAGUUUUAGUCUUUCCUUUUUCUACUUUUUUCCACAAAAACCACAUGUAAUCUGGUUUAGAGAUGACACUGUUGUGUGGAUGCUUUUUAUAUAUGAAAUAAACUAAAUAAAGAUCUAAACCUGAA